AUGAAUGAAGAGAGGAGCGCGCUGCGGAUAGAGACGCUAAGUAAGUGGUGGAAAGAUCGGGAUGAAAACGGCAACUGUCGGCUUCCCUUGUUGGACUUGAGAUCCAAUGCUGAAAGUGAGGAGUCGCACCUUCGUUUGUCUCGAAAAUCGCCUGUGAAUGCCAAUAUUGUACAUAUACCGCUUGAUGAAAUUUCAAGACGAAAUUACGAGUUGCCGCCGCGAAGUCUGGAGUUCGUCGUGUUGGUGCCAGGGGAAUAUUGCCUAUCGACGGUGUCAAAGCUGCUUCUAGGCAAGACGCCUUCCAGGAAGGACAAGUCAAACCUCCGGAAGCGUCAACCAUGGAUGGUUCAAUACGCCAUCCUAGCGAGCGAUCUAUCGUCUAGAGAUAUAGAGGCAUGGAUGAGCCUUGCUUGCAAGCAGACCUAUUGCUCUGGUCGCCAGGACGUGCGUGCAAUUUCGUUUGUCCCUCGUCCUCGUCUUUGGCAGCCCGAUCCUAUGGUUGAGUCAUUACUCCUACCAGUCCUUCAAUCCGAGCUUACUCAGCGGGUAAUCUCUGAUCCAUCGAGUCAUUGCGAAAUUUGGGAUUUAGGUGCAGGCUCGGGACGGGAUGUUUGUUUUCUAGCCGAGCAGCUUUUGGCAAGGCUAACGUGUCCGAACUUUACGGUAGUAGGAUACGACCAGCGUUACCGCAACUUGAACACUGAACCUUGUCGAGCCUUUUACAAUCGACGCGGACUUUCUCACGUUACAGAUUCACGAAAAAUUGACUUGACUAAUGUGAAUGAGGUUGUCGCCGAAUUGGAUCGUGUUGUUACAAACUCGAAUCGCAUCGUUAUUGGUCUGUUUGCUGUGCGGUUUUGGCAUCGGCCAUUGGUCGAAGCUAUUGCAGCCUCAACGUCUUCCAUGUCCAGUGCUAGCGUCUUUGCCAUUUCUCAGUUCGGAAGAGCAUUCGACGGAGCCUCAUGGGAUUUUGAGCAUCCGAAGGUAAAUAGAUUGCUCUAG